ACAAAUCUAGGAGGUCGUGGAACAGAUAUCGAGGUUGAUCAGGAUGUCAACCUAUGUGGUGGCCUCUUCGUCCUCCUGACACAUUACCCUGGCAGUCGCAGAGUGGAGAAACAGGUGCAAGGAAGAACUGGUCGGAAGGGAAACCCGGGCAUGGUCCAGAUGAUCCUCUGUGGGGAUAACCUUGCCCCAGCAUACCAGGGCCAGCCUGUGGAAGUCAUGAGACAACUGAGAGAGGAGUACGAAGUUCAACGCAUCAAAGAUAUGGAGACAGUUGAGCUUCUAGAAAUAAAAAUAAAAGAGGACCUGUUUGGCACGUUUUGUGACUUUCUUGACAAGUUUGAUGGCAACUUCACAAAACAGGAGAGACUUGACCUGUCGGGAAUGGGGCGGAAUGAUGUCCCUGAGUGUUUUAAAGAUAAAGGCCCUAAGUUUGAUUACCAGCCUGCACUCAAUGCUUUGAAAGAAACAUGGGCGUUGUGGCUUACCCUUCACGAGGAGCACAUCCGUCAGCACGAAGAUAUCAGUGUUCUUAAAGCAGACCUUCUUGAGCAUAUCACAAAUAGAGGCAACAUGCUGCUGAAUGGAAAAAGUCAAAACUUCUAUGACCACAUUAAGCAGGCUACCGGCAGAACAGACUUGCACCUCCGCAACAAAAGUAAGUGUGACUAUGAAGCAAAGUCCUACUGGAAAGAUGUUGAGGAAUGUGACCCAUUUUACAGUGCCGUGGCAAUGUACAACCAAGCUUUCAUCACCAUCAACAUGGGCAAAGAUGGCUACAAAACAGAGGCACGGGAAUUACUGGAAAGGGCAAAGACAUCUGUGGAUGUUUACUUGUCAGAAACUACAAAUACCAUGGUUUCUUUUCAAAUUGCCACAAAAGGCAACUUUGAACCACAUCAUGAAGGAGAACGCAACUUUCUAAAGCAAAUAGAUUCCAGGAUGAGCAUUCACAAAGCUUGGAUACUUAACAUUGACCUUGCAGUAAAUAAACUUAAAGAGCUUGAGGGUGAAGGCACAGCCAUAACAGAGGUAUCCUCAGUGUACAGCCUCUCAGAAAAUCAAGACUACAUCACAGGAAAUGAACUCACGGCCUUGUAUGACAUUGGCCUGAGCAUUGUGUUUGAGGUGAAAAAGAAGCCAGAGUUCUGCUUUGACGCUUUGAUCUGUUUCUUCAUCGGUAUGUGUCAGGUCAUCCUUGGAGUUCUGGUUUGUGCCCUGUCGUUUGGCGCUGCAACCCAGAUUGGCUUCAGUCUAAUCUCUGAAGGAGUCUCUGACAUGAUUGAAGGGAUAUCUGGCAUGAUAUUGGGCACAUUCAAUUGGGCACAAUGGGCCAUCUCCAAAAGCAUCAGCAUCGGGAUGUCUCUGCUCUCCGCGGGGUUCAGCGCCAUUAAAAAAGUUGCCGUCACAGCAUAUAAAGUCCUCAAUGGUACUAAGAAACUCUCAUCUGUUGCAAAGGAAAUCAUUGGCACAGGAAAAUAUGUUUUCAAGUCCGCACAGGGAGCAGCAAAAUCUCUCCAAAGAAACAAUUAAGACCGCAACAAAGAAACUGGCAUCCCCUACAAACAUGAAGAUGGCUCUAAAACACGCAACCAAGUAUGCAUUUCAGGAGGUAGGGAAGCAGGGUGUAAUCACAGGCAUUAACUACGCCAUCGAUGCUGGAAUUGGGGCCAUCUUUAAAAUAAUUUUAGAAAAAGCUUUCAAAGACAUGGUCAAUUCAACAGUCAAAAAGAAUGCCGAACUAGAUCUUAGUCUCACUGUGUACAUUAGCUCUGCAGUACCUAAAGGAGCUUUACAGAACCGCAGCAACUAUAAGAUUGACUCAAAGCUUGAACAACAAAUGAAAGAUUUAGUUCAAGAUAUGACAAAAUAUCUUAUUCCUGGCCUCAUGACUGAUGCCACCACAUCCCAAGUCAGUAAUGUUAUCAGCAGACUGUCUGAGGUGUGCAAUAAUGCAACUGACCUCGUGGCAAAAAGUGGGACACAUUGUAUUGCAAAAGGAGUCAAAAUAAGUUUAGAAAUAGCUAAACACACCACAACCUUGGUCCAAAUGAUUCGGUCCAUUCCUACAGAACAUGUUAUCAAUGACAUAUUUGUCCUUGAAUUAAAAAAAGAAAUUGAAGAGCAGCAACAACAUCUGGAGCAGUAUGACCAAGAUGGCAGACAUGAUUUACCAGAUGUGAUUCGCCUGAAGGAUGAGUUCCUAAACUCCAUUUCGGAAAGUGUCUCCGAAGCGUUCAUAGAUGCUUGUGCUGGUCAUAUGUCCUUUUUUGUGACGGGACUAUUCAAGAAGAAGCUCAAUGGAGUCACUGGAAAAGCUGUUGACAAUGUACUUGGCAGACACAAAACUGAGGGCUUUUUCCAGGACCGGCAGCAUAAACAUGAUAUGAAGUCAGUCAGUCAGAAGACUGGGAAAGCUCUGUCAGAGACUGAAACAAAAGAACUCCUGGACUAUGCAGAGAAGAUUGGUGAUGUUAAUCGACCAGCCUCGGCCCUGGACAUUUAUGUCCUCACAAACAGUGACCUGCUCCAUGGUAAAGGCAUCCAGUUCAAAGUGGUGGAUCAACAUGGGAAAACACUCUCAGAGGAGUCCUACCCGGGAACGAACAGCUCAGCCGGCCAAAUCACUCUACGGCUGACCAAAGAGCCUGAGAAAACACACAGUGAGAAAGGAAUCCUCUCUAAAGCAAAAGACAGAAUCCAAGGAGUGGAAAGUCCAUACAGUGGUCACUUUGACAUCAUCCAAGAUGGCAAAGUAAUCCCUGUGUCCUCAGAGAACAAGAACUGCCUGUACCAUGCCCUAGCACAGGCAACAUCUAACAGGUCAGAGGAUGAGAUCAAGAGUCAAGCUGUGAAUCUACGAAACAAUGUUAAGGACCAGAUUAAAGGGAACCUUCAGGCUUAUAGUGAAAUGGUUAAAACCCAGAAGGCCUAUGAUGCACUUGAGAGAAAUCAUGGAAAAUAUGCUAUAGUUGGAGGGGUCGGGAAGAGAACACAGAGUGAUGAUGAAAAGGAAUAUGAACAGGAUAUCAGGCCCAUGAAGAAAUUUCCAUAUAGUUCCUCAGGGAUAAAUGAGGAAGAGAUAGCCUUUACGUACCACCUUGGAUUAGUUGGUCCUUACAAAAGCGUCAAAAACACCAAAUAUUACUCUGAUAACAUGGGGGAAAGAGGCAUUGUGGAGGCAGACCAUAUCCCACCAAAGAGUUCCCUGACGCUGGCCAGAGACCAAAAAUCUCAAAUGGAAAAUCUUCAACAGAAGAAUCCAAAGCUUUAUGAUAUGAUAAACAGCAUUGUAUCAGAUCAAAAUGGAGAGAACCUGCUCACAAUGCGGGUUCUCAAACAGCAUCACAGGAUUGCUCUAACCACUGGAAACAGUAAUGAAUCUAAAAGCUGCAGGUGA